AUAAUGUGAACACAAUGGGCGGUUGCAUUGGUAUUACUAGAAGCAGAAGCGGUCCAAUAGAAGAAUCCUCUGGAACGGUAUCACGUCCUAAUUCCGGCGGGCUGAGAAAGAACCAGUCACUAUGUCAUGAGACGAUAAGGUGGAAAUCCGACGUGCCUCUCACUGAAGGACAGCUGAGGAGUAAACGAGACGAGUUCUGGGACACGGCCCCAGCUUUUGAAGGUCGGAAGGAGAUAUGGGACGCGCUGCGGGCGGCAGCUGUAGCCGCCGAGGCGAUGGACUUUCAGCUCGCGCAGGCUAUUCUGGAUGGAGCUAGUGUCUCUGUACCUAAUGGAUAUCUAACGGAAUGUUAUGAUGAAUGGGGGACAAGAUAUCAGGUACCAAUCUACUGCCUGUCGCCCCCCAUCAACAUGGUGAAGGAGGCGAGUGGUCGGGACUCUCCGGCGGAGUGGUCGGAGCCGGUGGAGGGCGGCGCGGAGCUGACGCUGCGGCUGCGGCUCUCCAGCACCUGCAAGGACGUCGACCUCGCUGUCUACUCCCGACACACCAUAGCGCAAUGCAAGAAUAAAUUGCACGCACAGGAGAAUAUAGAGCCGUGGCGGCAGCGCUGGUUCUACAGCGGGAAGCUGCUCGGCGACAGACUGCUGGUGGAAGAAGCGAGGAUCACCCCAGGGUACGUGGUCCAGGUCAUCGUCAGCACCGACCCGCAGCCGCCCAGCUAGUCACCCACGUAUAUAUACUAGCACGAUAUACCGGUACACGUCUUUGUAUACUACUAGCUGUGCCCGCGGUUUCACC